UUUCGUUUACAGAAUCGACUUCGCACAGCUGAGGGACUAACACGAGCUGAAAGCAUACAACGUUUGGAUUAUUUGAAACAACAUUUACUAGAUUUGGAGCGACAAUAUGAAAAGAGUAAACCAUUAGUGAAUCUAGUAGAUAACAUGGUAAAAUUGGGUUCUUUAUAUCGCAAUGAUGUCAAUGGAAGACAACCACAACGGCCUGAAGCAGUGACACUUGACCGUUUGGAAUUCAAUCAACGUUUACAAGAACGUCGUCUAUUACAAGAAGAGCAAAAGCAAUGGGAUCGUUUGACUCCAAAUAAUAGUGAAUUGCAGUCUAAGGUUGAACAAUUGUAUCACUUGGAUCAAUUGUUGCAAGAAGAAUCGGGUACCUUACAAAAUUUGCAGAAAGACAAAGAAGAUUUGGAACGCGCUUUGGGUGGUUUACGUGCUCGAAUACAGGAUACUAGUGGUCCUCCACUGGCACUAGAAGCUGCUAAAAAGCAGCAACAUAUGUUAGAACGCGAAUUAUCGCGGGUUCAUCAAUUACUGGCGGAGAAUUCUAAGAAAUUGGAACAAACUGUAGCUGGCAAUACGCGCUUGGAACAGGAAUUGCUGAUACUACGCCAAAAACUACAAACGACGCGUGGUUCACAAAGUAAACUCAUCUCUGAUACAUACGCGAGCAAUACAACUGCAAUGUUGGAAUCAGAAUUGAAACGAGUACAAACACUAGUGGGUGAUAUGCAACGACAACGUCAAGAGCUCAGCACAGCAGUGCGACAGCUAACCGAAAAUUCCAGUCGUUUGUACCAAGAAAUCGGGAAUAAGGACAAUCUCAGCAAUGGCGGUAGCAUAAAGAAGCGUGCAAACUCUACGUGCUGGGUUGAAACCGAUUUGGAUUCAAUGCUGAGUGUAAAUCGCAAAUUAAAUGAUUCCAGCACAAAUUUGUCCACACCACUUUAUGUGGACACCAGUUCAGCCAAUUCCAAUGCAAAUAUAUUGAAUUGUUCCAAUACAUCGAGCAAAUUGAGUGAUUACAAUACUGGCGAUAGUCUGAACAACGAACCACAACGACGUCUAUCGGUUAGUGAACGUCAACACUAUCGUUACAACGAUUCCAGUGACAAUAUCGAAACCAGUGGAGUGGAUAGUGAUGGUUUUCUCGACACAAAUCCAUUUGCAAAUUUGAGUAAUCAAGAAAAACAGGAAAUCAAAACAGUACGCAUUGUGAAACGUGAAUCGGAGCGACGCCAUAGAGAUCGUAGUGAACGAAGUGGUUUAAGUAAUUCCACACAAAAUUUGGAUCAAGUUUUAGAAGAAGAACAAAUGCAUGCUGCCAUGAGCGCUUAUCAACAUACCAAUGGUGGUAUGAUUGGUAUGGAGGAUUAUCACACUAACAACCGUUCUAAAUCACUGCCGCGUACUUACACUGAACCACCAAAACCAAGACAUCAUCAUAGUAAACAUCACAACAAACAAAAUGGUCAUUAUCAUGGUUCUGCAACAACAACAAAUGGCAUGAAAUAUCCUGAUUACUAUAGUAACAGUUAUGAUAAGAACAGUAACUAUGCACAUCAUCUAACAAAUGGCAUGAGCAGAGAACAUCUUAAUCCAUUAGCGAAUGCUUACUUUGCUAAACAAUUACAACAACAGCAACAACAUCAAAUGAAUAUACACUCACGAGAUUCCUCACAAACGGCUUUAAGGCAAAAAACUGAUUCUAUGCAAAGUUUGAAUAAAAGCAUUACCGAUUUAAGUCCAGGCCCUGUUUUCCAAAGUGAAGUUGCGCGUCAGAUUAUGAAUGAAAUGUCUGCUGGUUCAGCUUCUGAGGAUACUGAGAAAGUUAUAGAAAAGGUCCCAUCACAACACAAACAUAGACGAGCUGUACCACGCGAGAAACGUCGUCACUAUACUGCACCCAACAAUGUCAAUGUUAAAGCUAUGGAACAUGUUCAAGCUGAGAAUGAUAUGAACAGAAAUAAUACUAACUGGCGUGCUCGAGAUGAUUUAGACAUGGAGGUAGCAUUACGUCCACGUAUGAAUGCACCGGACGUUGUACGUUCUGCAUUGGGACAUGGAGAAAAAAUUUCUGAAAACACAAUAGAUAAUCUAUUAUUGGCACCAAACAAAAUUGUUAUACCAGAACGAUAUAUACCAGAAAAGACUCCAGAACUAUCGCCUGAAGAAAAGAAACGUCGACAGGAAAAAGUGGAAUCCAUUAAGAAAAUGUUAGCUGAAGCGCCAAUAAGUACAGCCAAUGAAAGUGAGUCCUUGCCUCCUAGCAAAAUAAAUGCGGAGAAAAAACAGCGCGAACAUCUCUUGCAAUUGAAUCAAAUUUUGGCGCAACAAGUGAUGCAAAUGAGCAAAAUAGUAGCUGAAAAAGCAAUGGCAAAGGUUAGUUCCAAGAAAAGUUCACCAACUAAUGAGGAUGAAGACCGAAAGUCUGAAUCACCAAGCGAUCCACUGCCGAUUUAUCAAAAACGCGAUAAUUAUUUUAGUUAAAUAAUAAAAAAAACAUAACUAAACUAUAUCU